AUGAAGCUGAAGAUGAAGGUUUUGGUUCUCUUCCUCUUUUACUGUUUCAUUGGUUCUACCUCCUCUGUUGCAGCUUCCAUAGACAAUGGCAAUGAGCUCUCUGUUUUGCUCUCGGUGAAAUCAACUCUUAUCGAUCCUCUCAACUUUCUCAAAGAUUGGAAGCUUUCAGAAGCCGGCGAUCACUGUAAGUGGACCGGUGUUUGGUGCAACUCCCACGGCAAUGUUGAGAAGCUGGACCUGUCGGGAAUGAAUCUCACGGGCAAAAUCUCAGAUUCGAUCAGACAGCUGAGAAGCCUUGCCUCGUUUAACAUCUCAUGCAACGGAUUCGAAUCCCUGCUUCCGAAAUCGCUCCCUCCGUUGAAAUCUGUAGACAUUAGCCAGAAUUCGUUCUCAGGGAAUCUUUUUCUAUUUGGUAACGAAUCACUUGGACUCGUUCAUCUCAAUGCUUCGGGAAACAAUCUCUCUGGAAAUCUCACGGAGGAUCUCGGGAACUUAGUCUCUUUAGAAGUUCUUGAUCUCCGAGGAAAUUUCUUUCAAGGGUCACUUCCAAGUUCCUUCAAGAACCUGCAGAAGCUGAGAUUCCUCGGAUUAUCCGGAAACAAUCUCACCGGGGAGUUACCAAGCGUUCUCGGUGAACUCCUUUCACUAGAAACAGCCAUUCUUGGGUACAACGAAUUCGAAGGUCCGAUCCCACCAGAGUUUGGGAACAUCAACAGCCUCAAGUACCUCGAUUUGGCCAUCGGAAAGCUCAGUGGUCAGAUUCCGUCUGAGCUCGGGAAGCUCAAGUCACUCGAGACGCUUCUCGUCUACCAGAACAACUUCACCGGUGAAAUUCCGCCAGAGAUCGGUAGCAUUUCCACGCUCAAGGUUCUUGAUCUCUCCGAUAACGCGUUAACCGGCGAGAUUCCAGUGGAGAUAGCGGAGCUGAAGAACCUGGAGCUACUGAACCUGAUGCGCAACAGGCUCUCCGGCUCCAUUCCUCCUGCGAUCAGCAAUCUGGCGCAGUUACAAGUCCUCGAGCUCUGGAACAACACGCUCUCCGGCGAGUUGCCAAGCGAUCUCGGGAAGAAUUCCCCGUUACAAUGGCUUGACGUUUCGUCAAAUUCCUUCUCCGGCGAAAUUCCUUCCACUCUGUGCAGCAAGGGAAAUCUAACCAAGCUCAUUUUGUUCAACAACACCUUCUCCGGGCAGAUUCCGGCGACUCUAUCCACUUGCCAGUCGCUGGUUCGUGUCAGGAUGCAGAACAAUCUGCUAAACGGUUCGAUUCCCAUCGGCUUCGGCAAGCUUGAGAAGCUACAGAGGCUAGAACUAGCAGGUAAUCGUCUCACCGGAGGGAUUCCUGGAGAUAUCUCGAACUCCGUUUCGCUUUCUUUCAUCGACUUCUCCAGAAACCAGCUUCGCUCGUCCAUCCCUUCAACGAUCCUCUCGAUCCAUAAUCUGCAGGCGUUUUUGGUGACCGAAAACUUUCUCUCCGGCGAAAUUCCAGACCAGUUCCAGGAUUGUCCUUCGCUAUCGAGUCUUGAUCUCUCUUCAAACAGUUUCACAGGCACGAUUCCGUCCAGCAUUGCUUCAUGCGAGAAGCUUGUGAGCCUCAACCUGAGGAACAAUCAACUCACCGGCGAAAUCCCCAGACAGAUCACGACGAUGUCUGCAUUAGCCGUGCUCGAUCUCUCCAACAAUUCAUUAACCGGCGAGCUCCCGGAGAGCAUUGGAACGUCACCGGCACUGGAACUCCUAAACGUCUCUUACAACAAGCUCACAGGCCCAGUCCCAAUGAACGGAUUUCUCAGAACCAUAAAUCCAGAUGAUCUGAGGGGAAACUCCGGUCUCUGCGGAGGCGUUCUUCCGCCGUGUAGCAAGUUCCAGGGGGCAACAUCGGGUCACAGGAGUUUCCACGGGAAACGAAUUGUCGCCGGAUGGUUGAUUGGGAUCGCAUCGGUUCUAGUCCUAGGGAUUCUCGCCAUCGUUGCCAGAACUCUGUACAAGAGAUGGUAUUCCAACGGAUUCUGCGGCGACGAGACGGCAAGCAAAGGUGAAUGGCCUUGGAGACUAAUGGCGUUUCAUAGGCUAGGGUUCACAGCCUCUGAUAUCCUUUCAUGCAUCAAAGAAUCGAACAUGAUCGGAAUGGGAGCCACCGGAAUCGUGUACAAAGCGGAGAUGUCAAGAUCGAGCACAGUGCUCGCCGUGAAGAAGCUCUGGAGAUCAGCCGCCGACAUCGAGGAUGGAACCACCGGAGACUUCGUAGGCGAAGUUAACCUCCUGGGAAAAUUAAGACACAGGAACAUCGUGAGGCUCCUAGGGUUCUUGUACAACGACAAAAACAUGAUGAUUGUAUACGAAUUCAUGCUCAACGGGAACCUCGGCGACGCGAUUCACGGCAAAAACGCCGCCGGGAGGCUGCUCGUUGACUGGGUCUCGCAAUACGGAUACACGUUGAAGGUGGACGAGAAGAUUGACAUAUACAGCUACGGCGUCGUAUUAUUGGAGCUUUUAACCGGAAGAAGACCAUUGGAGCCGGAGUUUGGAGAAUCUGUAGACAUAGUGGAGUGGGUGAGAAGCAAGAUAAGAGACAACAUUUCCCUAGAAGAAGCAUUAGAUCCUAACGUAGGAAACUGCAGAUACGUUCAAGAAGAGAUGCUAUUAGUUCUGCAGAUCGCUCUUCUCUGCACCACGAAGCUCCCUAAAGACAGACCUUCCAUGAGAGAUAGCCAAAAACUGUAG